GUUUUAGUUUAGUUUGUCUUUAUUGACUCAAAAUGCUGAGUCAAAUUAGGCACAAGAACAAAACGCCCAAACCCGGCAGGGAGGAGGCCAAUGAUAUUAUCGAAAGAGAGAAAGAAACCAUAGAGGGGCAUUUUUGAUAUUUUAGCCCCAUAUCGAACUUCAGUUCAGUUCAGUUCAGUUCAGUUCAGAAAAAAAACCUUCAGUUCAGUUCGAUCGGACUAAGCCACUUUGUACGUCACGCGCCACUUUCCUUGCUGAGCGAGUGUACUUGCCGAUUUUCCGGAAACUCCCCCGCGACUCUCCGAUCAGAUAUGGAUGAAGUUUCUCUGAACACGGAGCCAGCGGGCGAUGAUGAUGCUGAUGAAUUUGAGAUUGAAGGAGACUGUGCAAUGACAGAUUUUAUCAGUCAAACUGGCAUUAUUCAAGGCGAGAACCCUCUCCCUCCUGUUGUUGGAAUGGAAUUUGAUUCUUACGAGGAUGUGUAUUACUUCUACAAUUGCUAUGCCAAGCAACAGGGAUUCGGGGUUAGGGUAAGCAAUACGUGGUAUAGAAAGAGCAAGGAAAGAUACAGAGGAAAACUUAGCUGCAGUAGCGCAGGUUUCAAAAAGAAGAGUGAAGCAAAUCGCCCAAGGCCAGAAACUAGAACCGGUUGUCCAGCAAUGAUAAAGUUUAGGUUAAUGGACUCGAACAGGUGGAGAGUUAUUGAAGUUGAGCUUGAGCACAACCAUUUGAUUAGUCCAGCAAGUGGAAAAUUUUAUAAAUCUCACAAGAGCGUAGGUGUGGGAACUAAAAGAGCGUUGCAGUUAGAUACUGCUGAAGAAGUGCAAAAGAUCAGGCUAUUUCGAACAGUGAUCAUUGAUUCUGAGGGUAAUGGAAGCAUAGAUGUUGAUGAAGGAGAAUCUGGGAAUAGAGUUGACUACUCCAAUCAAUUGAAGCUUAAAGAAGGAGAUGCCCAAGCAGUUCAGAAUUACUUUUCUCGCUUGCAGUUAAUGGAUCCAAACUUCUUUUAUGUGGUGGAUCUAAAUGAGAAAGGAUGCUUGAGAAAUUUGUUCUGGGCUGAUGCGAGGACAAGGGUUGCUUACAGUUAUUUCUGUGAUAUAGUUGCCAUUGACGCUACAUGCUUGGAAAACAAGUUUGAAGUCCCGCUGGUGUCAUUUAUUGGAGUAAAUCAUCACGGACAAUCUGUGCUGCUAGGCUGUGGUUUACUUGCAAGUGAGACAGUUGAAUCCUAUACAUGGUUGUUUAGAGCUUGGCUCACAUGCAUACUGGGACGCCCUCCUCAAGCGAUCAUUACUAGUCAAUGCAGAACAUUGCAAACUGCCAUUUCUGAUGUUUUCCCGAGAGCUUCUCAUUGUCUUUGCUUAUCACAUAUAAUGCAAAAAUUUCCAGAAAAUUUGGGAGGAUUGUUCGAGUAUGAAGCAAUUAAAGAAUCUUUUAGUAGAGCAGUUUACUACUCUCUGAGGGUGGAGGAAUUUGAAGCAGCUUGGGAGGAUAUGGUCCAGCGCCAUGGAAUUAGAGAUCAUAAAUGGCUUCAAGCAUUAUUCGACGAUCGGAAGCGGUGGGUUCCAGUAUAUUUGAAGGAUAUAUUUUUGGCAGGGAUGUCCCCUGUGCAACCAAGUGAGGUUGUCUCUUCAUACUUCAAAGAAUUUCUUCAUAAAGAUACUCCUUUAAAGGAAUUUUUAGAUAAGUAUGAUCAAGCUCUGCAAACGCAUCAUCGGCUGGAAGCCUUGGCAGAUUUGGAUUCAAGAAAUUCGAGUUAUAUGUUGAAGUCAGGAUGCUAUUUUGAGUUGCAACUCUCCAAAGUGUACACUAAUGACAUUCUUAGGAAGUUUGAAUCGGAGGUAGAAGGAAUGUACUCUUGUUUCAGCACUAGUCAGUUAAAUCCUGAUGGGCCAGUCAUAACACACAUAGUGAAGGAACAAACUGAAGUUGAUGGAAAUAGGAGAGAGGUGAGAGACUAUGAGGUUUUGUAUAAUCCAUCUGAGAUGGAGGUCCUUUGCAUCUGUGGCAUGUUCAACUUGAGGGGAUAUUUGUGCAGGCACGCACUAUCAGUCCUUAACCAAAAUGGCGUGGAGGAGAUCCCGGCUCAAUACGUCCUUUCGCGAUGGAGAAAGGAUAUUGAACGCAAUUACAUUUUUGAUCAUAGCUGCAGUGGCAUUGACAUUAAUAACCCUGUUCACAGGUAUGACCAUUUGUAUAAAUGCAUUGUGCAAGUUGUGGAAGAAGGGAGGAAAUCACAAGACCGAUACAAGGUUGCAUUUGGGGCUUUGGAUGAGAUAUUGAAUAAGCUUUGUCUUACAGAGGAUCCUGCCCUGUAAGUGAGAAAUUAUGUACAGAAUGAAUGGUGUAACACAUAACAUUAAGGCACCACCUCUUUGUAGCUGGAAAUUUAUGUACAAUUUCUGUGUCAUUUUUCUCGCAUUUUAUUUGUUUGGUAGAAGCUAAAUGGAACCGAAAGAAUAUGACAUGGAAAACACAAAUC